UCACCAGACAGCUCCCACCUAAAAGGAGAAUGAUCGGAUCUGCAUGGUGGGGCCGCGUCUAAAUCGUCUGAAAGAGGCGGAAGCCUCGCUAACGGAGUGGGGGUUCUCUGUUGGGCGCUGCGCCAGGCGCCGCUGUGAAUGGGAACAGUUUACCAACUAGAUACUGGAGUAGAUUACCGUGUUUUCAUCACCGCGAGAGGUCAAGUGACUGCUAAAUUCGCCCAGAGAGUAAGCUCCAGAGUUGGAAUCUGACACCAGGCGUCUGGCUUCAGACCCUUGCUUGUAACAGCUGUACCAUCCUGCAGGGGUGGUGACCUCAGGGGGUGUUUUGCUGCUUAGGAUCCUGGGAUUUGGGGUGGGAUGUACUUGGUGGCAGUAUAUACCUCACCGUCACAAGUUCUUUCCCUCACCUGGAAAAUGAGAGUGCUGAUAAUACUUGGUGUUGCCAGCACCAUGGAGUUGAGCUGCCCAGUCUUGAUUAGCCGUGUGUGAGAUGAACACAUCCCCCCACAUACAGUGUUUGUGGCAUAAUUGGAGCUUUUGAAGAAAGAUUUAAUAGGAAUAAAGAAGAGGGAUGCAAUCCGCAUUAAAGAGGUGCAGCGUGGGGGUUGUUGACUAACUGGGGUGCAGGGUAGGUGGCAGAAGGUCAUUUCAGGAGGACCCUCCAGUCAUGGAAUCACCCUUGGGCCACCACCCCCUCAGAACGGGCCCUGCAGGAGGACAGACUGUGCUGGGCUGAGGGUGGCCGUGAGGGAUGGCAUCCGCCAGGGAAGGGAGCGACGACGAGGUCAGGAAUGUCGCCCUGCUGCCAGAGCCGCCCCGGGGGCCCCUGCAGGCGGCCCGCGCCCGGGCCUCCUUCCCCUGGAGGGAGCUGGCGCUGUUCUGGGAGGGCGAGGACACACUGCGUUUCAAGAACACCAUCUUCUCGGCUCUGGAGAACGACCCUCUCUUCUCCCCUCCCCGGGGCGCCGGGCUCCCGGUGGAGAAGUACCAGGAGGUGAACUUCCUGCGCUGCAAGCGGGUCCUGGAGUACAGCUUCCCCCGCGGGGAGGACAUGCUGUGGAGCCCGCAGAGGGUCACGUCGCUGCUGCAUUGCCUGGGCGCCUACGACUGGUCCUUGGCCAACAUGCUCAUCCUGCACCUGCUGAGUUUUGGAUCACUGAUUUACACCUCUGGUUCCGAAAGGCAUCUCAAAUACAUCCCACAGAUCGUGAGCACAGAGAUUUUUGGGUGUUUUGCUCUGACCGAGUUGAGUCACGGGAGUAAUACCAAGGCCAUCCGGACCACCGCUCACUACGACCCCACCACCGAGGAAUUCAUCAUACAUUCCCCUGACUUUGAAGCGGCCAAGUUCUGGGUCGGCAACAUGGGCAAGGUGGCGACUCACGCGGUGGUGUUUGCUCAGCUCUACACGCCAGGGGGCCAGUGCCACGGAAUACACCCCUUUAUCGUGCAGAUCCGGGACCCGAGGACCCUUCUCCCCAUGCCGGGGGUGACGGUCGGCGACGUGGGGAGGAAGCUCGGGCAGAACGGCCUGGGCAACGGAUUCGCCAUGUUCCACCAGGUCCGGAUUCCGCGCCAGGACCUGCUGAACCACACGGCAGACGUCACCCCCGAGGGCACCUACGUCCCCAAACUUAAGGACGUCCGGCAGCGCUUCGGCCGGGCCCUGGGCAGCCUGUCCACAAGCCGGGUCUUUAUCGUGGCCUUGACCAUCAUCAACUUAAAGCUGGCCCUUUCCAUAGCUCUGCGCUUCUCGGCCACCCGGCGUCAGUUCGGACCUGCAGAUGGCGAGGAAGUGCCCGUGCUGGAGUACCAGACGCAGCAAUGGCGCCUGCUCCCGUACCUGGCCGCCACCUGGGCCUUGGACCACUUUUCCAGAUGCCUCUUCCUGGCUCUGCAGGAGCUGCAGCUAGGCUUUCUGAAGAACGACCAGAGCACCAGGCAGGCCGAGCUAGGACGUGAGGUCCACGCCUUGUCGUCGGCCGGCAAGCCCCUGGCCUCGUGGACUGCCCAGCGGGGAAUUCAGGAGUGUCGGGAGGCGUGCGGAGGACACGGCUAUCUGGCCGUGAACCGUCUGGGCGACCUCAGGGACGACAACGAUCCCAACUGCACGUACGAGGGUGACAACAACGUCCUGCUGCAGCAGACCAGCAACUACCUGCUCAGCCUGUGGGAGCGCCGCAGCCAAGGUGGCGGCCGCAUUGAGAGCCCGCUCGAGACCGUGGACUUUCUGGACGCCUGUCCUGACAUCCUUGGCCAGAGGUUCGAAGGUUGCAGCCCUGAGGACUUCCUGGACUCCUCGGUCCCCCUGGCGGCGUACAAGUGGCUGGUUUGUUACCUGUUCCGGGAGAGUUACCAAAAGUUCAGUCAGGAGAAACAGUCGGGAAGCAGCGACUUCGAAGCGAGAAACAACUGUCAGGUGUACUACUGCCGCUCCCUGGCCCUGGCGUACUUGGAGCUCACGGUCGUGCGCAUGUUCCACCAGUUCACGCACCAGCCCCACGUGCCGCCCCUGCUGCAGCCGGUGCUCCGGCGGCUCAGCGCCCUCUACGCCCUGUGGUCCCUGAACCAGCACACGGCCCUGCUCUACCGCGGUGGCUACUUUUCUGGGGAGCAAGCGGGUAAAAUGGUCGAGAACGCCAUCCUGACCCUGUGUGCCCAGCUGAAAGAUGACUCUGUUGCCCUGGUGGAUGUGAUGGCCCCCCCUGACUUCAUCCUGGACUCACCGAUUGGCAGAGCCAAUGGCGAGCUCUACAAAAACCUCUGGGGCGCCGUGCUGCAGGGCAGCAAGGUGCUGGAGAGAGCCUCGUGGUGGUCUGACUUUGUUAACAAGCCCAUCGUAGGCGGUCUGAAAUCCAACCUGUAGAUGCACCAGCCCCGGAGGACAUGGCCUCGCGUUCCAGCUCUGAAGGCGCCAGUGUGGGCCGGGGCCGCUGCUGCGCCUGCUGCUCUGCGUGCGCCCGGCUGAUUGUCGUGUCGAGCCCGAGCAGGACCGGCCCGUCCUGGCCUGGGUCCCCCCGUGUGCCACCAGGGCAGGUAAAUGCCUAGCAGGCGGGGCUCAUUUGCAUGCAUCCUGAUUCUCUGGGUGAAAAGAACUCCUGUAUGACCCCAUCUUUCUGAUGGACUGGGCGCUAUUUGGUCAUUAGAGCUUUUGGCACCUUCUGUUUUCACAUGCUGAAUAAUAAGCUGAUUGCUCGGGAUGCGGGGUUUCCUGGUCCGGCGGUGUUUUGCCCUCCCCUGAGAAGUUUUUUAGCACAGCUCUGCUUCGCUAAACCCUGAGCAGUGCCAGUCUGAUUCUCUGUUCACUCUGCGUUGACUUUCUCCUGUAAUUAAACCGUAUCAUAACCUUACUCGAAUGCACCGUAGAGCCACCAAAUGACCUAGCGGAAGAUUUUUAAGAAAAUCAGUUUUGUUACUUUCUCAUGUGGAACUAGACGUUUCCAUCAAGGAAAUGUUUCCAAUGGAAAAAAUAAAUUCAUGAUGAUUUGAA